GAUAAAUCAACUUCCGGUAGGAGAUGGACGGAGAUGGAUUUGGUUGAAAACCAACCAAAGGCAACUCCUUGCAUUCAUCAAACCUUACAAAGGAUCAUCAAUAAUGAUACACUUCAGUACCAGGUGUUAAAAAAUGCUGAAACUUAAAAACCAGCGCUUGUUAUUAUUCUGCUAAAUAUUUAGCAUGAAUUCUCUCCCGUUAUCGUUAUCAUCGAAGCUAUCAGUUUCAGAAUUCUGCGGAUCACAUAAUUCUUGAAUCAUGACAGCUGUGAAGAAAAUGGAGGAGGAGUGCUGUUCGGACUGGCAAAGUAACAGAACCAUCAUACAAUGCCUUGAUUAUUUAUUUAAAAACAGCCUGGAGACCGACGUCACUUUUGUCCUCGGACUAAAUGGAGAGACAGUUCAGGCUCACAGCUUUGUCCUAAAGGCAAGGAGUCCAGUGUUAUGUAAAGUGUUGAGUGCUGGCAGUAAGCCAAGAUGGGAGAUAACUGUGCCACAAUCAAACAAACGCAUCAUGACCAUGUUUCUUAGAUACCUGUACAGUGACACUAUCACCCUAAAUAAACCCUGAUGCUUCUUUACUGAUGGCACUAGGAGAGCAGUUCAAAGUACAGAACCUGGUAACAUUGUGUCAGUUGUUCUUGGAGAGAGCUUUACCUGAGAGCAGACAGGAAAGUGACAAUGAUAAAUGCUUUCAUCCUCUGGGUGCUUUCACCUGUUAUACUGGACAUGCAAGACGAAACACAGAUGAGAUUGGACAUGCUACAGUUAGCACUGAUGAAACUGGACAUGUUAGAAUUAACAAUGAUGAAUCUGGACAUGCUAGAGUUGACAAUGAUGAGACUGGACAUGCUACAAUUAACACAGAUGAAACUGGACGUGCUAAUGUUAACAAUGAUGAAACUGGACAUGCUAGAUUUAACAAUGAUGAAUCUGAACAUGCUACAAUAAACACAGAAGAAGUUAGACAUGCUAGAGCUUACACCAAUGAAACUGAACAUGCUUCAUUUAACACUGAUGGAGCUGGGCAUGCUAAAGUUCUCACUGAUGAAACUGGAUAUGAUAGGCUGAACAAUGAUGAAACUGGACAUGCUUCGUUGAACACAUGUGAAGCUGGGCAUGAUACAGGUAACACAGAUAAAAGUGGACGUGUUAAAGUUAGCAAGGAUGAAACUGUGAACACUAAAGUGAACACAGACGAAAGUGGAUAUGUUAGAGUUAACACAGACGAAAGUGGACAUACUAGAGUUAACACAGACGAAAGUGGGCAUGCUAGAGUUAACACAGACGAAAGUGGACAUGCUAGAGUUAACACAGACGAAAGUGGGCAUGCUAGCGUUAACACAGACGAAAGUGGACGUGCUAGAGUUAACACAGACGAAAGUGGGCAUGCUAGAGUUAACACAGACGAAAGUGGACAUGCUAGCGUUAACACAGACGAAAGUGGACAUGCUAGAGUUAACACAGACGAAAGUGGGCAUGCUAGAGUUAACACAGACGAAAGUGGACAUGUUAGAGUUAACACAGACGAAAGUGGACAUGCUAGAGUUAGCACAGACGAAAGUGGACAUGCUAGAGUUAACACAGACGAAAGUGGGCAUGCUAGAGUUAACACAGACGAAAUUGGUAAUGCUAGAGUUAAACACGAAAGUGGACACGCUAGAGUUAACAAACACGACAGUGGACAUGCGAGAUUUAACACGGACGCAAGUGGACAUGCUAGAGUUAACACAGACGAAAGUGGACGUGCUAGAGUUAACACAGACGAAAAUGGACAUGCUAGAGUUAACACAGACGAAAGUGGACAUGCUAAAGUUAACACAGACGCAAGUGGUCAUGCUAGAGUUAACACAGACGCAAGUGGUCAUGCUAGAGUUAACACAGUCGAAAGUGGACAUGCUAGAGUUAACACAGACGAAAGUGAGCAUAAUCCUGACAUAAACAUUUCUCUGCAAAAACCGAAACCUGGAAGUGGACUUGCUUCAGUAAACAGAGAUGAAGCUGGACACGCUAGAGAUUAUUCAGUUAAAACUGGAUACAUUGGAGUUAACACAUCUGAAACAGAACAUGCUGAUGUUACCCAUGAUACUUCAGACGAAAUUAGUUCAGGAAUUCCUGAAGAAAAUCUCUCCCCACAAAAGCUGAAAAGUGUAAAUGACAGUGCUUCAAACAAAUCUUCAAGGGCUCUUAUUCUAGAAUUUCGACGCAGAUACGAGAUUGAGAAAGAGCCUAUUUCUGUUGAAGUGAUGCAUGAAAAUAAUUUGAAGCAAAACUUUGUGAAAUCAGACACAGCUAAGUCUUUACAUGAGGAUGUUUUGAUGAGCAAUGAAGACGGCAUAGAACGCAGAUAUGUGAGAAAUGAAACCACGAAGUCUGUUGACAUCAAAUUUCAAAUACCUCGGCAAGAUUCAAAACAGAAACGUUUGGAAAGUGUGUUGAGGUCUCAAGGUGUGGUGCUCCCUAAAAAUUCCCUGACAAUUUAUGCUAAGAAUAAACUGGUGACUUUAAAGAACCUAGAAAAUAUUGUCGUAAAUAAAUUAUUAGGAAAGACAACUCAAAAAGGACAGCUGGAUAUUUUGUCCUCAGCAGAUCAUGAGGAUGAUACACAAGACGUGAAGUAUCAAAGAUUGAGAUAUGUCUUCACAGGAAAAUCAUCAGCGGGUAAACAUGUUGGGGAAGCCAUCUUGGGAACGACAUCAAUGGAACAUUGUUUUAGAGAUAAAGACUCCAUGAACAUAUCUCAGGAUCGAUAUCUGGGAAAUAAUAUAUCUCAGAAUACAGGUCAAAAAACAUCUGUGCCUAAGCCAAGGUGCAGUGAAAGCCCCAGGAAAAAGUCUCGAAAGCAAUCGGAGAAGGAUGUCUUCGACACAGAAUCACAAGAACAGACUCCUGAGAAGCCAUCUUCAAAAGUUAAAACUCAGAAGCGACGUCGGAGGAGGAAGACAUCGGGUAAAAGUUCUCCACAUCUUCAUCAAGGACAAAAUAUGUCAGUAGGGGAACAUACCCCUGGAGACUUAUCGUCAAAGGGCACAACUCCAAAACGACAACGUAUUAAUAAAAUAUUGCAGACUUCAGGGGACUCAUCUUCAAAGGUUACAACUCAUCGAAGACAGAAGAAAAUGUUAGGUUCUCGACAACCUGAUCAAAUAUACGAUAUAUCUGAAGAGACUAUAGAAUACACUUCAAAGGCUGCAACUCUACGAAGGAAACCAAUCGCAGGUUUAAGUUCUCCUCAUACAUAUCAAGGAAGUGAUGUGUUGGACACAGAUUCUCAUGGUCAGUCACGUGACACUACUCCAGGUCUGUCGUGUGAUACUACUCCAGGUCGGUCAUGUGAUACUACUUCAUGUCGGUCUUGUGAUACUUCUAACAUCAUGGUCCCUUCAACAAAAUUAGUUUGUGAUAAUCUUGUGGAAGAUAUAUCCGGAUGUGACGUGUCCAUUGACGUCAAGGGUUAUGGUUCUGGUAGCUGUAACAGAAAUAUAAAUGAUGCUAACAUGACCUCUGCUAGUAUUGACAGUAAUAAUGACACAACUAUACAAUCUGCUGUACAUGAUAACCAUAAUUCCAUCAAAGCUGGUAUUGGAGAGGAACACUCCAAACUCAUCGUCACUGAAGAUUGCUCCACAGACAUCCAACCUGUAAUUUCUGAUAAAAACAGAAGUCAUGUUGUCCGGGAAAUCAGUGACCUUGAUCGUCAGAUAAGAAACCUGCAAGCAGAUUUAAUGAAUAAUCAUGGUUAUCAGGAGGAUAACGAUGGCUUCUCGAACUGUCAGGAUGAAUGUAUGAUUGUGGGCGUGGAAGGUGAUGAAAAUCCCAGUAAUGUACAUCCAACAGCUCGGACUGAAGAUGGUAAAGUGGCCGCUUCUUUAGAUCCAACGUCAACAGCCCAGACUGAAGAUGGUAAUGUGGCCGCUUCUUUAGAUCCAACGUCAACAGCUCUGUUGGAGAGUGAUCAGGAUGAGAGUGCUGCUGCUUUUGAUCUAGAAUCCACAAUAAAGCGUGAGAUUGAAAUAGAUGAGAUGACUGCUUCUUUGACACGAGGACAGCACCAUGUCAAGGUGUAAGUGAAACACUUACAUCUUCAUUUCAACGAAGUACUAUCUCGAAACAUUUAGAUGAUGACAUUUCUAGUGGUAAUACACCCCAAACCGAACUAGUCCAGAAAAAUUGCAGAAAGAAACGUAAGAGCUAUGUCAGUAAAAAAGGGAAAAAGAAAAUUGUGAAAACUACAGCAAUUAUAGAAAAGGAAAGUGUGGAAGAGACACAUACAACGGCAGUAAAGAGGAAAAAAGUUACUAUUAAUGUGAAAGAAAAUCCAAAAAGGAGGCAGUACAUGGAAAAUGAGAUGGCGGUACCCACGCCACCCCUCUUGGACAAAUGCGAGGUUUGUGGAAAAUAUUUCUCCUCCCCGAUUGCCCUUCUUAUUCACAUGAGGGAUCACGCAGGGGAAGAAGUUCACUCCUGUCACUACUGUGGUAAAGGGUUCACGCUACGGGGCUCUCUUCAGCACCACAUGCAAAAGCACGGAGCUCAAGAACCCCAAUAUUGUGAUCUCUGCGGAAAAUGGUGUUCCUCAAAAAUCUCAUUGAUACAACACCGCAAUACACAUCAAAAUGAAAGGACUUUCAAAUGUAAUAUCUGUGGAAUGGAGUGCAAAACGAAAAUGCAGUAUAUGAAUCACAUGCGCAGAGGAAAACAUAAGAAAGUUAUUUUAAAUCAUAGCUGUCAGAAGUGUGGUGAAGCCUUCAUGUUUAAGAAGGAUUUGGCAAGACAUAAGAAAUUACACAUCGAAGUGAAACCCUUCGAAUGUCAAAAGUGUUUCAGUACCUUCUGGAGUAUAUCAGGGUAUCGGGGACAUUUAAAGAGACACGAGAAGGAAGAAAGUAAGCGAAAAGACUACAGAUGUCACCUAUGUACUGCUGUAUUUCAUAGUCCAGAAUCCCUGCUUGAACAUUCCAGGGUACAUAAUGACAACGCAGAGUUAAACGUACAGACAUCUGACCAACUCGAGAAGGGUCAAAAACAGGAUAACAUAGAGUCGAAAGUACGAAAAUCUAAAAAGAAAUGUAAAGAAUUGAGAUCUUCAAAUUCAAAUCUAGUUCAUUUUAACUCGCAAACGGAAGGAAAACAACUGGAUAGCUCUGUGUUACAACAUUUAGUUCCUUUUAAUUUGUGUAAGUACAGCCAGGAACUUGAUAGUGCUGGGUCCUCGAAUUUAGUUCAUUCUAACUUGUACAAAGACAGCAGCCAAGAACUGAAUACUAGUAGUUCAAGGUCAACUAUAGUCCAUCCUGACUCUCACAAGAACACGGAUAGUUCAGAGAAAGAAAUAACCCAUACGUAUUCACCAAGGGACAAGCAAGACCUGGAUAGUAAAGAGACGAAUUUUGAUCAUUCUAACUUGCACAAAGACAGCAUCCAAGAACUGAAUAGUUCAGAGCCAGAUUUAGUCCAUUCUCACAAGUAUUUCAAUGAAAAGGACCGGUCAGUGAAAAAGAUAGUCCAUACGAAUUCACAGAAUGAUAGUCGAGAAGUAAAAAGUUCACAGACGCCAUUUUUGCACACAAAAACUCAAAAUAUAGACAGUUUGAUAUGUGAAAUCUGUGGUAAGUGUUUUAGUCGUAUACAGAGUCUGAAGACGCACCAGAAGAUACACACUGUCCGGGAGGGAUUUGAGUGUGUACUGUGUAAGAAAGUGUUUAUGAAUAAGUGCUACCUAGAACGACACUACAAACAUCACUCGGGUGAGUGGUACUUCCCCUGUAAUCUGUGUGAUGAGGGUUUUGACAAGAAGGUACAACUUCUGCAACAUCAGUGUUCGGCCCACAAUAAGAAAAUGGCGUUCAGUUAUAGCUGUAUAAAAUGUCCUCUUAUGUUCACUACCCACAAGGCUUUCAGAAGGCAUAUGAUGUCUCAUGCAGGAGAUACAGGGCAAAAUUAAAGGCAAGAACAUUACAUAAAAGUACAGCAUCACCGGAGACGAAAAUUGACACAGAAUAAAAUAUUACAACACUUACAACAUAUAUCACAUAGCAAACCACAUCAGAGGACACUAUAUAGUAUUACCCGGUACAGAGCUCACAGGCCACAGAAUAACACAUCACAACACUUGCGGCACAAAUAUCACAUAACGUAUCAGGUGGCAAAUUAGACAUCCCAUAAUGCAUCACACGGCACAGAUCACCCCUCACGUGACACAAACUGACCGAGCACAACCAAUCGCAUUUCAGGAUUAAAAAACAUUGGACAACGGUUGAACCAGUGAACAACGAAUCCUAUGCACUUCAGGACAAUAACAGAGGGCAAACCUCAACUGUCUACAAACAUGAUUUGAAUGAUUAAAGGGGAAAGUGUUUAUUAAAGAUCGGAAUAUAAAUGUAAAUAAAUAUUUAUAUAAAUAUAUUGUGUAUAAAACUCAUGCCUUGAAAUGUGAUAUUAAGAUAAAUUUACAUUAUUAUUUUAGUAUUCACCCUUCUUAUGCUGUCAUUAUUUCCUCAGCAUAGAUUUUUUGAAUAACGAUAUGAUGCAAAGUGUGCAGUUAAUAUGAGGAUAAACAGAAGAGUUUUUAUUUUAUUGCAAAACAUUGAAUAAUGUAGGCUCACUUGAGCCAAGUUAGAUUUGAGGAGAUAUCUGCGCACUUAUCACAGGACUAGUCAAGGUUUUGAAUCAUGUGAGAAUUGGAAACUUAUCAACUUCAUUAAUGGGAGAAUUUGUUUGCCCGGUACAGCAACAUUCUUUAGGAUCUUAACUCAUAUGUAUAAGAUUUGGAAAAUUUUACAAAGUAAUAUGUUCCUACAGAACAUAUUGAGGUAGCUACAUGUAUCUAGCUCCGGUUUUGUUUUGAAAUGUGAUAGUUCGUAUUCCAUGUGUCUUGUGUACAAUGUAUAGAUUUGGAAUAUUUCGAUCCAGCUGCUGGGUAAUAUCUAUAAUACAUUGUGUUUUAAAAACAUACGGGGCGAUAAUUCUUUUUAUUAUUUUCACCCUUUUUAAACGAUGUCUACGCUUUCAGUACAGCUGGUUGUUUUUUUGUCAUAUUAUACAUUCAUAAAGGGUGUUUGGCAGAUUUAGUCAAGUCAUUUUGCAUUUUAUUUUGUUUUAUGUAUUGUUGUUUUUCUGGAGUUGAAAAAGGACAACGAGACAUGAAAUCUGUUAUUAUAUGUAGAUAUUGUUUUAACGGGUGGAAUUUGUUGAAAAUAAUCCCGAAAGCUACGCUUUUCUGCGAUGAGAAUUUUAUUUCAGGCACCAAUGUUUUAUUUAUUUCAAGGUGCUGGUAUACGCCCAAUGUUACAUGUAUAUUUCUUAGUCUAUUACACGGGUAAUUUUAAACAUACAUUUAUUUAUUACAACAAGCUUUGUAUUAUGUACUUUCGAACCACAAUGAUAUUAAAUCUAGCCGUAAACGAUAAAUAUAAUCACUAUCUACAUGUACUUGUUGUAUUACACAGGGUUAAAGACAUACUAACACGUGCAUCCUUUUCUGCCAUUAAACGUAAGAUAUAAUGUCUACACGUACAAAGUUACGUUGUUUAAAGAUGCUGCAUCUUAGACAAAGAAUAAUGAUUAUUAUACCUAACGUGAUUACCGCCCUCCAAAAUUUUCAGCUUGUUACAUUUUGUUUUAAUAAUACGAAUAGGUUAUUGAAUCUAUCAUUUUCACUGUUCUCUUUUUUGUAUUUGAUUUUCGGUCUGAUUAGUGAUCAUUUUCACGGUUCUAUAUUUUGUAUGUGACUUUUGGUCUGAUAAAUGUUAAUUUUCACGGUUCUCUUUUUUGUAUGUGAUUUUCGGUCUGAUUAGUAAUCAUUUUCACGGUUCUAUAUUUAGUAUUUGUUUUUCGGUCUGAUUAGUGAUAAUUUUCACGGUUCUAUAUUUGUAUGUGACUUGGUCUGAUGAGUGAUAAUUUUCACGGUUCUACAUUUUGUAUGUGACUUGGUUUGAUGAGUGAUAAUUUUCACAGUUCUAUAUUUUGUAUGUGACUUGGUCUGAUGAGUGAUAAUUUUCACGGUUCUAUAUUUUGUAUGUGACUUUUGGUCUGAUGAGUGAUAAUUUUCACGGUUCUACAUUUUGUAUUUGAUUUUCGGUCUGAUUAGCGAUCAUUUUCAUGCUUCUACAUUUUUUAUUUGAAUUUCAAUCUGAUUAGUAGUCAUUUUCACGGUAAGACCUUCGGUCUUCUAGUUUUAAAAGCGGCCAUUUUCAUACCUCUAGUCUUCAUUUUGACUUUCGGUCUUACAAGCGGUCAUUUUUAUUUUGCUUUUCCGAUCUGUCAGUGUCAGUAAGAUAUGAUGCUAUACUAUUGUGAUAAUUUUAUUCAUUUUGGUGAUAAGAAGUGUAUCCAUUGUCGCCAAUGUAGCAUCAUUUAAGACUAUUUGAAAAAAAAAACCAAGAAUUGAUGAAAAAUCUGCGACUCACCAAAACUUAUCAUUAUCGUUCGGAAAAGUUAUUGAUCCCGAUCGCAUUGGUUAUAUAUACAUUUUCUCUGUUACGAUUUUAUGUUGAAAAUAUUAAUUUCGUUCCGUUAUACGUAUCUCGUUUUGUUGUUUUGUAAUAAUUUACGUUUAUGCCAAGCGUUCUUAUCACGUUUGUAUUGUUAAAAGUAAAGUGUAAGAAUUUUGGGCGAAAAUAAAGUUAUUGUUCACGGA